UAGGUUUCUUCGCGAGUGGGCAACUCCUCCCCCCACAACCCCUUCCGAGGGGCACACUGCAGUCAAGGCCAUCAAUCACACAUACCGCGUGGAACCCCCCGCAUGAUGCAUUCACUCCCACGAAAGUACUCCGUACUGUAUCAGCUGAUCCGGAUCUCAUUCGGGGCGAAAGAACACAGACCCCCGCCGAGGGGCCUUCCCGCUCCCAUUCCUGCGAACGGCACUAAAUUAGGGCUAACCACCUUAGGCCGGGGAACCAUCCUUGUGUACUGUAUGACUAUGGGGCCAGGGGCCAUGGGCUGGAUGAAUUUUCCCCUGGUUCAUGGUUGGUUAUGGAGGGAAUUCAAAUCUAGCUUGUGAGUCAUAAUUCAUCGAUUCAUGCAAGUACCAGUUUCAAAACCAGGGAGAAGGUUGUGUGCCAAGUAACUUACUGAUUCUACAAGAGCACUCACUGCUAGCAUACACAGCGACAGCUGGAAAAAAA